UUAUGCAGGUCGUGUAGUUGGCAGCGGUUUAAAAGCCCAGAGGGAGAACCCAGAGAUGUCCGUCCGUAAUACAGAUCCUGUCCUGAAGGGGGCGAAGCAGAGGCUGGAGCAGCUAACACAGGAGCUGUUAGUUGAGCUCGGCUGGGCCACUAAAGCCAGAGCAAAGGUGGAGGAAGAGGAGGGAGGGAGCACACAGACGGAGAGAGGCAGCGGGGAUGACUGUGAUGAUGAAGAUGGCUGUGAAGCAUCUGGUGAGGAGAACGGUGAUGAGACAGGCGAUAUAUCCAGUGGUCGUAGUCCAGCAACAAAGGACAUGGCUCCUCCCCCUGCUCGUCGGCCUGUCCCUCCUCACCGCCUCUCACCCCCGAAGGUGGCUGUAAGAGACUCAGCCCACACGUUGUCCGUCACACCUUUGACCCUGGUGACCCUAGUGCUCCUUGUACUAUCACCGUGGCAACAUCGCUGAUCCCACAGGCCGAGCUGGUCCCUGAGACAAUAUAUAUAGACAAAAAAAAAAAAGACUGAGAGACAACCACACGUCUGUGGUGAAGAUGAGAGUUUUGGAGUUUUGGUAAGCUCCAAUCAGCCAAUCUGAUUGGUUCAGCUGGUUGGACAUGCUGUUGAUUUAUCACAUAUUCAGAUGCUCCCUGUACUGACCUCUACAUGUGUUUUAUUUGUUUUUAACCCCGAUAGGAUAGAUUGAACAAAACUACUGACUUUUUGGAAGAGAGAUGUAUAUACAAAUAUAUAUAUAUUAUAUAUUUAUAUGAAAAUUUCUAUAGAUAACAGUGGCUUGAUGUGUAAAUAGAGAUUAAUAUAGAGCAGGAAAAUUGACUUGGACUCAAAGGGAUGUUUGGCCUUUGCAUAAUGUUUCUCAAGCAGACAUAAGAUCUAUGAAAGCUACAGUUCAUGCUGGAGGCUCUUAUUAAAGCAGCUGUUUACUUACAAACUGAAGACACACUUUUGAGGACCCAUUAAUGUUGAAAAGCACAGAGCAUUACACGGAGACGCUGGAAAGGGACAUUGAGGCACUUUCUCAGCAGGCAAAACAGCCAAUUAUGUGAUACUUCAGACUGUUUACAGAUAAUCACGCAGCAUAAUGAAAAAUGUGACGCUUUGGCCUGUAAGCAGGCACAUGCUGAAGUCCAGACGGCACCUUUUCUUCACACCAACAUGCUCUUUUAUUCAUGCAAGCUGUUUGAUGCUUUUUUUAAUCUCUGCAGCAAGUAUGCAAAGAUUUCUUUUUUGUGUGUAACUCUUCAUAAAUGUCACUUUAAAAGCUAAGAUCUCUCCCCAUGAAUUGUUUCCUCUGUUAUGUGUCAUCUCUAGGCAUUAAAUACAACUUACAGUCAUGAUAUUUGUGGUGGGGAAAUGAGUUAAGACUAUUUUCCUCUCAAGGUGCACAGUGUACAGAGCGAUGAAAGCACAACAGGGAGAUAUAACGGCUUUCAUUUCAACGUCAAUUUCAGUGUGAGCUGCCUCAGAAAUCCUUGACAGAGAGCUCACUGUAUCACAAACUAUAUAAAGCACCUGAUACAAGAAGAGUCUAAAUAUGGCAUGCAUUUAAGAGCAAUACACAACCUGAAAAGUCUGACUCAACAGUGAAUCAUUUGCAGAAACUGUCUCAUCACAGUGAUUUCAAAGGCUGGCCAGUCUGCAAUCAUUUUAAACUUCAAUCUACUGCACAAAGAUAAUGCAUAAGACUUAAUAAAUAUAACUACAUCUUAGUAAGGUGCAUGUGUUGUCAACUUGUGUCCAUAUAAAGACAAGGCAAAAGACAUAGUAUCAAAAGAGUGUUCAGUGUGCUGCUGUGCCCAGAUCCAAACACGUGAACUUGAUUUAAUUUAUAUUAAUUAGGACUGUCACGUUGUUCUGGCUCUCAAACCCCCCAAAAUGCAGAACAACAGCAGGACCGACAACUGGAAUACUUAAUUAAAUACAUGGAAAUGAAGCAAAUGAACCAGCUGAAGGACGCUGAGCACAUUUAUGUUGACCAGCAAUUUGUCUUAGGAUAUCAUUUUGUCCCAUAUAAUCAUUUUUUAUAUAAAAAAUCUUGUAUUCAUGUGUUGUUUUUCAUCCCCUGAGGCCGUUUAUUUAUAAAGGAAUGUGACUGACAGAUAAGACAACUUAAGAAAUACCAUUAGGAGAUUAAACACUUUUGACAGGGAGCCCAAAUGGCAUGCAAACUCGUGAGACGCUUCUACAACUUAAUCCGUCAAACAAACACGCUAUUAUUUAAUUUCUAUUUUGACGUUAUGCCCCCAAUGAGAUUAGAUGCUGGAUUCAAGCCAACCCUUCAAUCUUUCACAGCUCUUUGCCGGGCAACCUGCUAAAAAACAAACAACCAACGAAUACAAAUAAAAGAAGAUAGCACUUGGACCGCUCAGUCCUCUGUAAGAUGAAAAUCUACAGGCACAACCCCUUAAAGAUGGAGAAUAUAUAAACAAUUAUAAGGAUGAUUAAAAUAGGGUUGGUCUUGCUGAAGCAUCAAAAUAUCAGCUGUUCAUUUGUUACACACGUCUACAAUGGAAGUAUUUCACUUUUUUUUUAACGUAUGUCAAUUUGAGAAAAAAUGAAAUAAUUACACAAACAUAACAUUAUUUGAACGAUACACUCAGCUUGAAAAGAAGGCAUUUAUAGUUUUUUAUAAAUGUGAUCUGCUAAUUUAGCAUCAUGUAGACACUGGUGUCGAUCACCAUGAAUGCUCGUCUGUUAAUCAGUUCAAGAUCCUGUCAGAAAUGUGACUGACUUCUUGGCUCUUCUUCUUUGGCCCAUGACAAACAGUUCCACCAAAGUUCAUGAGAAUCAGGCCCAACAACUUUUUUUUUCCAUAAUCCAGCUGACCAACAAACAAACGCCCCCUUUAACUCCCGUGGUGGAGUUAUAAAACAUAAAAUACAAACAUUUUACAGCUUUUUUGAGUAAAAGCUCAAGUUUAAUCAUCUGGAAAAUUGAAGAUGACAUUGCGCAUUUUACUUCCUUCAUCUGUGAGCGACAAACUCUUGUAGUGAAUAAAAAAAGAUUCCAGUUGGUGAGUAUUUGUAACACAUGAAGCAAGCAUCAAGAUAAUAAUGAUGUUGUGAAGUUUUGCAGGGUCCGUCUGAGAAUAUCUGGUGUUUCUUGGACCGAGCUGUACUGUGAUUGUUGUAUAAACCUAAUUUCAUGUACAGUAUUUUACCGCGGUUUAACAGCUGUCUCUAGAUAAAGAAACUAACUCUUGUUGUUGUAAUGUAACAGUAUAUGCAGAAACACCAGGAAGCAACAAACAACCAGUGAGCAUCAGAACAAAGGUUUAUGUCCUCUCCCUCCGUAAACCACCAUCCUUAUUCUGUGAACUUAACCAGUGAUCUUGAUCUGAAAUGUACAUAAUUACACUGUGAUAGUGUCCUGCUGCUCUGAUGUGUCAUUAAACUUCAGCCUAAUGUCCUCAGAAAUAAAACCGUUUCCAAAAAAA